AAUAAAAAAAAACUUUUUUUUUCUCUCUCAUGUCUUUUCGACCUAAUAAAAAGCAACCCAAACCUACUAAACAAGCUAAACGAUAUAGAGCAGGUCAAGUACCUGAAAACUAUGUUGAUGAUCUAUCUGAUUCUUCAGAAGAAGAACAAGAAGAACAACAACCAGAACAAGAGAUAAGAAAGCGUGUGGGUGAACUUCAGUUUGCUAAAAAAGAAAUCAAUACAGGGAUUCAACAAACUGCCAUUUCUGAUAAAGAUGUCAGCAGUGAUCGACGACUUAGAAGACUACAACAAGCUCAACAAGCUCAACAACCCACAGAAAGAAGAAGAAGACAUGAUUCUGAGGAAGAGGAAGAAAGCGAUAGUGAAGAAGAAGAAGCAAAAGCAAGAGAGCGUAUACGUUUAAAACAAAAAGCAUUAGAACAACAACAGCAAGAUGAAGAGGCGAUGAAGCCUCAACAAGACAUUCAGGAUGAGGAGGAGGAGGAGGGAAACGAACAACAAGAGGAAGAAGAAGAAAGCUCAAGUGAAUACGAAUCAUCCAGUGAAGAAGACGACGAUGCCAUCACACGUUUACCUAAACCUGUGUUUAUACCAAAAGCUCGCCGAGAAACUAUUCUACAACAAGAGAAACUUGCUAAGGAAGCAGAAGAACACGAAAAGCGAUUAGAACAAGAGUUAGAAGAAAGAAAGAAACAAUCGCAUGAUAUGUUGGCUGAAGAAUUAAAGCGUGAAAGAGAACAAGAUGCAGAAAAGGAUCUGACACAUUACGAAGAUGCAGUGGACGAUACAGAUGGGUUAGAUGAAGAAGCUGAAUUUAAUGCUUGGCGAGUUAGAGAACUGACACGUAUUAAGCGUGAUAGAGAAGAACGUAUUGCUCGUGAAAAAGAAGAAGAAGAGUUGGAACGUAGAAGAGCUUUGCCUGAAGAUGUGCGAUUAAAAGAAGACUUGGAACGGGCAGAAGCAAGCAAAGACAAGGAGCGUGGCCAAUUUACAUUUUUGCAGAAAUACUAUCACAAAGGUGCCUUUUAUAUGGAUACGGAUGAUGAAAUCUUUAAGCGUGAUUACUCUGCUCCUACAGUAGAUGAAGUACGUAACAAAGAAGUCUUACCUGAAGUCAUGCAAGUAAAGAAUUUCGGUCUUGCUGGUCGUACCAAAUACACACAUUUAGUCGAUCAAGAUACUUCCACCAAGGAUUCCCCCUGGGAGAAUCCCCUGGCUAAACGUAGAAGAACAAACAAUGAUAAUUGAUAAUAAAAAACUAUAU